AUGACGAAGAGGGGGAUUGAGCCAAAUCCCGCCAAAGUUAAAGCAAUCGUCGACAUGCAACCACCCACAACCGUCUGGGAGGUCCAACAAUUGACCAGGAGAUUGGCAGCCUUGAGCAGAUUCCUCUCGAAGUUGGCUGAGCGCGCUUUACCUUUCUUUAAAGUGCUCUGUAAGGUCAAUGGAUUUGUGUGGGAUGGUGAAUGUCGAGCGGCUUUUGAUUAUUUGAAGGAGUAUUUGAUGUCUCCAAUCGUGCUGUCUAAACCCGAGCCCGGGGAAGAGCUUGACGUCUACUUAGCCAUAUCCGAUCGAGCUGUUAGCGCGGUGUUAUGCCGGACAGAUCUGGAGGGGGUGCAGCGACCGGUUUACUAUGUGAGCCACGCGCUCCAUGGUCCCGAGCUCCGUUUCUCCCGACUAGAAAAGAUUGUCUACGCCUUAUAUACAGCGGCGAAGAAGUUGGCUCCUUAUUUCCAAGGACGAGCCAUACGUGUUUUGACGGACCAACCGAUCGGGGCAGUCCUCCGCACCGCUUCGUCAUCCGGACGCUUAGUCAAGUGGGCGUUAAUGCUGGCGCAAUAUGCAAUAGACUACCGACCGCGCCCGGCGAUCAAAGGCCAGGCUUUGGCCGAUUUUUUAGUCGAGUGCACCGCUCAGGAAAUUCAACCUCCAGUUGAAGAAGAUCCUGAAGCGGCUUGGUGGACGUUGGCUGCUGAUGGGUCAAGUAGCAAGAAGGGAGCAGGUGGAGGAGUUGUGAUCACGAGCCCAGAGGGGUUUAUGGUCUAUUAUGCUUUAAUGUAUCAAUUUGCCCCGACCAAUAACGAGGCCGAGUACGAGGCAUUUGUCAACGGUUUACAAUGCGCUCGGGAAUUGGGGGCUGAUUAUAUCCGGGCACAGACCGACUCAGCGUUGGUGGUCGGGCAGGUCCUUGGUGAUUAUGAGGUCAACGGAGAACGGCUACAAGCUUAUCGUGACUUAGGGAUGGAGAAAUUGAAUUUCUUCCGGGCAUAUACUGUCCGUCAUGUUCCCCGACUGGAUAAUGCUGAUGCAGAUAUCCUGUCGAAGCUAGCACAUGACGCACCCGAGCAUAUGUCUAAGAUUGCUCAGAUUUUGGUGAUUCCGAGACACAGUAUUCACCGUUUACCGGUCACCCCUAUUCAACCGGCUGAGGAAACAUGGAUUUCCGAUUUGAUGGAAUACCUGCAGCAUGACCGGUUGCCGGAUGUUCCACAACGGGCGCGAAAGGCGAAAUUGAGGGAACCAAGAUUUCAGGUGCAAGAUGGACGGUUAUACCGACGAUCAUAUGGUUGUCCUUUGUUGCGAUGUUUGAAUUCUUUUGAAGCAGACUUGGUUAUGAAUGAGUUACACUCGGGCAUAUGUUCGUCGCACCAAGGAGGUCGAUCGCUGGCUCGACGCAUCAUGGUGAUCGGGUACUAUUGGCCGUCCAUUCAGCUAGAUUGUGAAAAGCUUGCUAAGAGUUGUGAAACAUGCCAAUUGUACGCUCGGAUGCCUGGUCGUCCGGCAACUUUUUAUCAACCGGUCACGACCGCCAUCCCGUUCGCUCGAUGGGGGGUGGAUAUCUUGGGGCCUUUUUCGCAGCUGUCCGGGCGACGACGCUUUGUCAUCGUGGCGAUUGAUUAUUUCUCCAAAUGGAUUGAGGCCGAGCCCUUGGCCACGAUCACUUCUCAGCAAUGUGCCAGGUUUUUAUGGCGGAAUGUCAUCUCACGGUUUGGCGUUCCCAUUCAUUUGAUAAGUGAUAACGGUCGACAAUUUGUGGGCCAGUACUUUCAGAACUUCUUGGCAACAAUCGGGACAACUUCGAUCCGAUCAUUGGUGGUUUACCCGCAAGGAAACGGCCAAGUGGAAAAUGCUAAUCGAACUAUCUUGGAAGGAUUGAAGAAGAAGCUACACUCAGCUGGUCAUAGUUGGGUCUAG